AUGAAAGAGCUGGGUCUUGACAAAGGGUUCGAGCCCAUCAGAACAGGGCCGUUCGCUGGCAUCCGCAACUUGGGCGCUACGUGUUACGUGAAUUCCCUAUUGCAAGCUCUCUUCUUCACUAAGCCUUUCCGAACGGCGACCCUCAAUCUUCCGACCGCCGACUUGAACGGCCGUAGUUCGGCAUUCAAUCAGCAGGCAGCAAGCCUGAGGGCACUGCAGGUGCUAUUUGGUGAGAUGCAAUGUGGUAUCAGCGCAACGUGCGAGUCGUCGGUGACGGCAUUCGUGGAGGCGUGUAAGAUCCACACUUCGACGCAUGAGGACCCGAGUGAGUUGGCUAUGCUCUUGCUAAGUUGGCUUCAACGACUGAUUCCGAAAGGAGUGCCUGACUUCGUUGAAGAGACCUUUGGUGGCCUGGUGAUAUACGAGACAACUUGUCGAAGCUGUGGGUCCAUCUCCAGGCAGACGGAGGUCUUUGCUGAGAUGCGGGUGCCUUUGCCCUACGCCCCUACUACUGGUGGCGAGGUCCUUCUGGAAGAUCUGGUUGCUGACGUUUUUGCUCCAGAGGUGUUCUCGGACGAAAGCCACUACUACUGUUGUGCAUGUGGCAAGUACUGCGAGGCGGUCCGUCGGCAGUGGAUCAAGUCGGCCCCUCCGUUCCUGUGGAUCACCAUGCAUCGUUAUGCCUUCACCGAUGGGGUCCGGCGGAAGAUUCUGACCGAGCUGUCGUUCCCUCUCACUGGUCUGGACUUGACCUCGUUCAACGCCAGGGUCUACGACUGUGUAGGUGCCCUGGAGCAUCACAGCACUGUGGCUCAUGCAGGUCACUACACAGCCACUCUCAAGGACCACAGUACUGGUAUAUGGUGGCGAUUUGAUGAUGGACAUGUUCGCGAGGUUGACUGGGCUCCGGUCGAUGGAGAGGUGCAGGCUGGAGAGUCCCCCUCGGAGCGAGCGUUGAAGAGGAGACGGACGGCACCGGAGAGAGCGAGCUCGCAUACGGCGUAUAUGCUGUUGUAUGUUCAGCAGGGUUACAAGGUCGACGAUUGUCCGGACCUGCCUUCUUGGCUGGCAGCUGAGGUGAAUAGGAAGAAUGAGGCCCUUAGACUGCCGGAGACCUUCGACCAUCAACGCUUGU